GUAAUACAUUUGAGAUCGCGUGUUAGUUUUCACAUAGACGUAGCAGUGGUCGAAGCGCAUGACGCUCCUAGGCUACAACUAAUUAUAGUACCUUACAGGUACUAUCGUAGUUAUUUUCGUAGUUCAUGUGGAUAAUUUUUUUUUCACGCUUUUUUUUUAUUUUAACGGUUUGAAAAAUAAUUUAUUCAAUGUUUUUGAAAUUAAUUUUAGUAAAUUUUUUAAUUUGGUUUACAUUUGAUUGCCAUGGACAGACAAAAUCAAGAGAAACUCAUUUCCCUGGUUAUCAUUUCUGUGGACCCGGAACGGACUUUUUGGAAAGGAUUUCUCGUGGUCAGCUAGGAAUCAAUAAGCUAGACGAAGCGUGCCGAUUACACGAUUCGGUUUAUACGAACAGUACAGACUUUAAGCUGAGAAUGGAAGCUGACAUGAAAUUAGAAAUACAGGCAUGGGAGCGAGUGAUAGCAAAGGAUAGCAGUUACAAGGAGAAAUUUGCUGCAUGGAUGGUGACAAACGUCAUGAAAGUGAAACGAAAGUGGAAUACUCGACGUCUGCAACGGCAAUUUAAUAAAAAACCUAGUGAAUUAUUAACUCCAACGAUCAAAAAACCUCGACGUUCAACUGAUGACUCCCAUAAAACAUGGUUCCGGUUUCGAUUAGGAUAAGAAUUACCCUGAGAUUAAGACAAAAUUAUGUUUGCAUUAAAUAUAAUACUAAUAAAGAUUAUUGCUUAGUGCAAAUCGCUAUCUACAAUAUCGUUGAACCUUGAAAUUCAAUAGGUAAUGGAAUGAUGUUUAGCAACUAUACACGCUGUGAUAUUAUGUUUAAUUAUUACAAUUUUUUUUUUGUACUAUACGUAUUAUUAUUAGUUCAAAAGCAAAAUGUAAUACGAAUUCGACGAGAUAACAAUAAAUCUGAAGCAUUUAUUUCUGAUUAAUGUUAAACAAUGCGCUGAUGUCGAAUUAUAUAAUAUGUAUAAUGUAUGUUGUCUACAUACAUUUACGUAGUUCGAUGCAAUAUUCUUAACAAACAUGCUUAUUUGUUACAAUAUCAUAUAAUAUGUUUGACUGUAUUAUAUUAUAAAUGUACCUAGUCAAUAUAAAUAUAAUUAAUGUUGUUU